AUAAUUUUCAGCUCAGCUCAAUUGGCACAUUUCCGGUCUGUUGCUUUGAAGCCAUUGGUGUUUUAACAGACGUGGGCUCACGAGCAUUCAACUCAUAAUUCUUCCCUUUCUAUCUAUCAUUAGGAUUCAGAUAGAGAUCCUCUGCAAGGUAUUUUGGCUCCUUCGACUACCUUUAACUUGUACUUGCUACAAAUAUUUUCAGUUUCUUCACUUUCUUACCUGCAUUUGGUGGUGCACUGGAAUUCUGAGAAUGGAGUCUGUAAGGAAAGGGAAGACGACAGUAAAUAGUACAAUAGCCCAGAAAUCUCAUGAAAGCAUGAGAAUUCUUAUGACCAUUAGCAUUGGAAUCAUGCUUGGCUUCUUUAUAGGAGUGUCCAUUCAAAAAAUUCUGUUGCUAAAGCCUUAUAUAACUUCUGUUCUUGGUCAUGAUUGUCCAAUCAAUGGGACAAAUAUCUCAGAUGACUUGAACCAACACAGUACAAUCAUCACUGAAAAAAGCCAGAUUUCGACAAAUCUAACAAAGAUACUGUUGCAUUCAAAUCCUAGAGGUGCAGAGAGGUUGCCUCCAGGCAUUAUUGCUUCUGAAUCAGAUCUUUAUCUCCGCAGAUUGUGGGGAUUACCUAGUGAGGACUUACCCAGCAAAGCAAAAUAUCUAGUCACAUUCACUGUUGGGUAUGAACAAAGAAAUAACAUUGAUGCAGCUGUGAAAAAGUUUUCAGGGAAUUUUACCAUACUAUUGUUUCAUUACGAUGGAAGAAGCUCCGAGUGGGAUGAAUUUGAGUGGUCCAAACAAGCUAUCCACAUUAGUGCUAGGAAACAAACCAAAUGGUGGUAUGCUAAAAGGUUUCUGCACCCUGAUGUUGUUGCACCUUACGACUACAUUUUUAUUUGGGAUGAAGACCUCGGUGUUGAGCAUUUCGAUGCUGAAGAAUAUAUUAAGCUUGUGAAGAAGUAUGGUUUAGAAAUUUCGCAGCCUGGUCUAGAACCAAAUGCGAGAAUGCCAUGGCAGAUGACCCGAAGGCGAGUUGACAGUGAGGUUCACAUGGAAACAAAGGAGAAGCCGGGAUUUUGCCCUGAUCCUCGUUUGCCUCCCUGCGCAGCGUUUGUAGAAAUUAUGGCUCCUGUGUUUUCUCGAGAUGCAUGGCGCUGCGUAUGGUAUCUGAUUCAGAAUGACUUGGUUCACGGAUGGGGUCUCGACUUCGCUCUCCAAAAAUGUGUUGAGCCUGCUCACGAAAAAAUUGGAGUUGUCGACGCUCAAUGGAUAGUCCAUCAAACUGUACCUUCAUUGGGAAACCAGGGUCAAGCUGAGGGUGGAAAUGCUCCCUGGCGAGGGGUGCGGCAGAGGUGCGAGCGAGAGUGGGCGAUGUUCAAAGCCCGGCUGGAUAAUGCUGAAAAAGCUUAUUACAAUGAGUCAGCUGGAAAUUGAUCCUUCCAGUUUCAGACAAUUGAGAGAGAGAGAUCACAUGAGAUGAUUAACUGAAGAGAACUGCAUUGUCUUACAUUAUAACAACCUUUGCAGAUUUAUAUAUUGUGAUCUUUCAGUAUAGGUUCUGAGUAUUCAUACAAACUGAACUGCAGUCCCCAACAUUAUAUUAUAAAUCA